AUGGAGGAACUACUGCAUUGGUUGGAAAUUAGAAUCUCAUCAUCCCUUAGGCCACGGUCAGAUGAUAUUAAAACUUUACUACAGGAUUAUACUUAUAGGAACGAUCUGUUAGAGUUCCUGAAGAAUGAGGAUGUCCAUGCUUUGUAUAUCUACUUCAAGCAUACCAAGACUUCGUUGGCAGCCUCGCUCUCUCCCCCUGAUAGCCUUCAAAACAAAUGCAUAUGUUUUAUUAAACUGGGAACUGCAUGCAAACUUUCACUGGAAAACAUAGCUAACAAUGUGAUAUCGGUGGAUUGUGCCAAAUUCCCCUUGACGUACAUUAAUAUGGUUCUUCACCAAGUUUACUUGCCACUUCUGUGCAAUGACAGCGUAAUGGCUGGAGCACAGUUCAGUGCUGACAAAAUUAUUGACAUUUUGCAUAAGUUUACUGGGAAUCUGGAGAUAAUUGCAGGUCAUGCUGAGGGUUCAAUUGUGCUGCCGGUCCCUUCCCUGGAGUUGCUGAAAAACACAUCAUUAGUCAGUAAACACGGAGCUGUGAUCCAUAUUUUGGAAACAACAAUUAUUGGCUGGAUAAAGCAAAUCAAGGUUGUCCUGAAACAUGACCCUCUCACAGAAAUUAAAACCAAGGGUCAAAAACCUGGGAUUUAUGAAGAACAGGACAUGUGGAAAAUGCAUAUCCAGACUCUUCAGUCUAUAACAGAGCAAUUAAGUUCCGUUGAGGCUACAGAUAUUGUCUCUCUGUUGGAAGAAGCGAAAAGCACAUAUGGACAUUCAAUCAAAGCUGUCUCACAGGACGUGAAGAAGGCACUUUGCCAGGCUAAAGAAAACCUGAGUUUUUUGAAAACACUACUUCAGUGGUAUGAUAAAAUGAAAUUGGCUUCAUCUGAGAAAGAAAAGCAAACAUUGUUUCUCCCAAUGUUACAUAGUUUAUUUCUGGUUUGGAAACAUUCAAGCUACUAUCAUCAAACCAAAGUAUUCUUAAAUCUUCUCAAACUAAUGUCCAAUGAGGUGGUACAGAUUGCCGGACACCUAAUAGGAAGAGAUAUCUUAGAUGCUCCUCAGGCAUACACUUUAUUAAAGGAAGCAUUAAAACUGUGCGCAACAUUUCGUGGGACUUAUCUGGAUAUAAAAGUGAAGGCUGAUGAAUAUAACACAAAGAACAUGGAGGAAAAUGAUGCACAAAUAUUUAAGAAAUCAACAGGAACUGUGGGGAAUCUACGCAUGUACGAACCCCCACAACCAAAGUUUAACAGAAAAGACUGGUUUGCAACGAAUCAAAGGAAUCUUAAAGAUGACUCCCAGGAUCGAUGGGUAGAUUCGCCGUGGCCACUACAUAAUGCCACCUGCUUCCAGAAUAUUAACAUGUUUAUGGAAAGGUGCAAUGAUGUGCUUGACUUAGUGGAGACAAUGAAGCAUUUCCAAAUUCUGAAGAACGUGGCGGCUAUAGGGGGUGCCGGCUCCUCCAGUUUGGAUGCCAUGGUGCAAGAAAUUUGGGACAUGUAUUGUGUCGCGAAAAAGACUUUUGUUAACCAAAUAGCAGAUAUUUUGACAACUGACAAAAACAGUCCUUUUGAGAGGGUAUUUUUUGACUUCAGAACUACUAUAAAGAGUCUAGAACACCAGCUUGGGGGUGUUCUGAAAACCAGUUUUCAUCAAUGUCCUACCAUUGCUUCACAGCUGAGGCUUUUAGAAGUGUUUGAAGGAAUCAGCAGACGAGAUGUUGUGAAGGAUCAUUUGAAGGACAAAGAUCAGCAUCUUGUUUCUAUGUUUAUUGAAGAACUCACUCAGGUGAAUGACUUGUACCUGGCAAUGGCCAACAAUCCUCCAUUGCAUAUUAACAUGACACCCGCCAUGAGCAAGCUGUUGUGGAUUAAAGGACUUCAUGCACGGAUUUCUGAGCCCAUGGCAAAGCUGAAAUUGGUAUCACCACUUACCCUUGAAGGAGACUGUGGCUGGAAAUUAAGACACUUGUACAAAGAGACAGAAGAAGAACUAGAGAGGUUUAGAGACCGUCACAUGAAAUCUUGGCUCGCAGCUGUGGAUAUGGAACUCAGUGAUGCUUUAAAAGUCCCUCUGUUUAGAUCAUCUGGUUUAAAACAUGAUGACGAUGAUGAAUAUCUGGAUAAAAUUGAACUAAAUCUCAAUCCAGACCUUCUAGUCUAUUUACGAGAAGCUGAAUACUUUAUGGGACCGCCAUUUUGGGUGAAGCUUCCGGAGUCUAUUCAAUCUUUAAUGAAAAGCACGGAUAUUACUAAGUUCAAAGUGCUGGUGACACGUCUCGAAACGGUAGUAUCAAAAUACAACGAAGUGAUGAAAAUGAUCACGGACCACCAGAUGGCACUGUUCGAGAAGAAAUUGUUGAAGUCCUCUGAGAUUCUGAAGGCUGGAAUGACCUUUUUCACAUGGAGCAUGGAUGAAAGUGCAGAUUACAUUGAGCUGGCCAUGUCGCAUAUUUGCACAGACCUCUAUACCAAUUUCUUCAUUGUUACAAACAAUUACAAGGUUAUUACCGACUUAUCGGCUGCAUGGUGCAAAGCAAACCUUGACAUUUUCACCUGCCGGGAUUUCAGCAGGGGCUAUUCCAUUACUGAAUUAUUAAUAAUGCAGAGAAACAUGGAGCAUGAGCUGGAAAACAUGCUUGUUUCCGAUGGCAAGAGAAUCCACAAUAUUGUUGACGAAUCCUUUGUUGCAAGCGGUAUUAGCGAAGCAUCUCCAGCUUGGCAAGACUAUAUCAUAGGCAUUGAUGACCUGAUCUUCCAAGGUCUGAAGAAAGUCACCAUCUCUAGCUUGGCUGCACUUCUGAAUACACUCUUGGAUAGUGAGCAAGUCCCUAUCCUGUGCAUUGAGGUUCAGCUGAUUAAUAAUGAAGUUGGCUUUAACCCACCUCUGGACCAGAGUACAUGUGAUACAAGUGUGAUGGAGAAUGUGGAGGAAUGGCUUAAAACAUUUCUCAUGAGAGGAUCAUGUAUAAAAGCACUGUCCUCUGCUGUCAAGGUUGGCUACCAAGAGUAUAUGUCACAAGACGAGGAAGCAUUACAGCUAAUUGGUCAUGUUCUGCAAGAGGUGCAAAAAGGUGUACUCGAGUGUCAGGCUAUGCUGGAGACAUUCUGUACUUAUGCUUACCUAUGGAAACAAGAUGUAAAUGCAGAAUUCCAAAAUUUCCUUCAGGGUAAACAAUCUGUUAAAUCUCUAACAGCUGAACAAGACAUGAAUGAUCAGGCAAAUACUGCACUAAAUGAAGCUGAAAGAACCUUCAUUCUUCCUAAGGAUUCAGCAGCCCCUAAAUCAUGCUGCCCUCUGCUGGAAGAUUUUGAUGUGGAGAUCUCUUCAUACAAGGCUGCGAGAGAUGACAUUCAAAGACUGCCAGAUCUACAGAGGUGCAAAUGGAUUCAGGUGGACUUCCGGCCUAUUAAGCAGGUUUUGAAUGCCUAUGCUCUCAAAUGGAUGUGGACCUUCACGAAAUACCUCAUUGAUCAGGCAUCAGCUACUUUAAGAAGCUUAGAUUUCUUCUUAAAAAGGGCCGAGCCGCAGAUUGAAAGCAUAUCUGGAGAUGAACGAGACACUGGAUCUUUCAUGAAAAUGAUGCGUCUUUUUAAUGAGGUCUCUGCGAAACAAGUGGAAAUGGAGGUACAGUUUACUGUGUUACAGAAGACUGUGGCACUGUUAGAGCAACAUGAGAUGGAACUUCCUAAGGACAUUGACAUCCUGUUCAGGACAAUGCCGACACGGUGGAACAGCAUGAAGACCAAAGUUUCACUUGCCAAACAGCGAUUGGGUCCUAGAAUCCAGCAGGAGGCUGACAGAGUGACACUGGAUCUUGAACGGUUUCAGCAUAAACUUGAUGUUCUGGGUCAUGAUAUUGAAACGUCUAAAGUAUACCAAUACAGCUGCUCAUCUCAAGAGGCUUUCAAGGUCAUAGAACAUUUAAGUAUAGAGGUGCAAAUUCUACAAAAUGAGGCAAAAGACCUGAAGGAAUUGCAGGAACUCCUGGAAACCACUGUUGUUGACUUCUCAAUUUUAACCAACUGUGUGGAUUUGCUGCAGAACCUCAACAUUGUAUGGCAACGUGUAGAUUCAAUCCUCAGUGAACAAAACACAUGGAAAAAAGAAGUGUGGCAGAAUAUGGACACGGAGCAGCUGUGCCUGAGGACCAGUCAACACCUAAAACUUCUGCAGUCCCUUCCAGAUGAGGUCCAAGAAUGGGACGUUUACAAACAAACCCUGGAAGCUGUUAAUAUAAUGCAUUUGACAUUACCAUUGAUAGAAGAUCUCAGUAACUCUGCGAUGAGGACAAGACACUGGAACCAGCUGGUCCGACAGACAGGGGGAAUGCUUAGGGUGACAGCCCAGAGUUUAAAGGCAUUGACACUUGGAGAUCUCCUUGCAAUGGACCUAGAAAAACACACUGCUGAUGUUAAGACAACAGUGCAAAGAGCUGUACGAGACAUGACUAUUGAAAGCUCCUUGAAAAAUUGUGAAGAAGUCUGGCUGAGCAGGGUAUUUGACCUUCAGCCUCACAGCAGGGUCAUAUUGUCUAAGACUCACAAUGAGGAGCUUGCAAGUUCUGUGUCUGGAAGUCACUACACUAAAGGAGACAUCAGCAGAAAUGCUACGGCCAGAGGUGGGAGCGUAAGGCUGAGCAGACAAUCUGAAAAAGGCCUGCACUUGUCUAAAAUGGGAGGCAGAGGAAGCACCCUGUCAUUAUAUGAAUCUCUAAAACAUUUUGAGGAACCUGGCACAGUUGUGCUUCUGAAAAGCACAGAUUCCUUGUUUGAGGAACUCGAGCAUCAUCAACUGGUGUUGACUAAUAUACAUCCAUAUGCUGAGGCUGGAUCAUUCCUAGAUGAAGUGACAAAAUGGCAGAAGAAGUUACAGAUCAUUGAGACAACCGUUCAGCUGUGGCUUUCAGUCCAGGAAAAGUGGACUCAGCUUGAAGAGGCCUUUUCAACACUGGCCUUCCGUGUGGCCAUGCCCAGAGAAGCGGCUCUUUUUGCAGAUGUACACCACCACUUUUACCGCCUGAUGAAAUCUGUGGAAGAAAAUCCAAAUAUUCUGCAAAACUGUAUGAGGAGAGGUUUAGAAUCUCUACUUGAAAUGUUGAACUACAAACUGGAACGCUGCCAGCGAGCUGUCCGGCUUAACUUAGAGCAGAAACGACUGGCUUUUCCCAGGUUCUAUUUCUUAUCUUUGGAAGAUACACUCAACAUUGUCUGCUAUGGAUAUGAUCUGGAAGUUUUAAGUGGACAUUUAUGGAAGCUUUUUCAGCAUGUGCAUAGUCUUUUUUAUUGUACCAGCAACUCAGGCUCUGACAGUCACAAAGUACUGGGAGUAAGAAGUUAUGUAGGGGAAGAAUUUCAUCUUAUUGAGCCGCUUGAAUGCAGAGGUCCCGUGGAGAACUGGUUGCCACAGCUUGUAAACAGCAUAAAGACAUCUCUUCAGCAUUACCUGCGGGCUGCUCUAGAACACAGAAAACGUGUUUUAACCGGCAGAAAAGAGAUACACAGCGCUGGAGCCCGGCGGGUAGUGAUAAGCAGACUAGUCUCCAAAGAGGAGCCUGCGUCAGACAGAAACAAUAGCGUGACACCUUCUUUAGAGCAGGAGAGUUCCGCCAUAGUAUCUGGAGAUGAUGAAAGGCUUCAGCGUAGAGCAGAGUCCCGACAUUGGGUCCUCGGUACACUGAGUGAUAUAGCCUACCUCUCCUCUCAAAUUAAAUUCAGCAGAACCUUCAAAGAAAGCUUCACUACAGCAAAUGGAUAUGACACAGAAAAAAUACAGGGCUGCCUUAAGGAUCUGACAGAAGGAAUUGAGUAUGCUGCCAAGAUAUUAAAUGAAAUUCCCCAGGAAGACAUUCAGCAGACUUCUAAAAGAGCCUCAGAAGCAGAACGAGGAAGAAAUGGGCAAGAUGAAGUAUUAAGCCUUGUAUCAGCCUUGUCAGCCGGGGAUGCUCUAAAACUCACUAAUCACAUCCUUCUUCUCUUAUAUCAGCGUGAUGUCCUUGAAAAACUCCUUUCCGAGCCAGCACCAACAUGGAAACUGAGUCAGCCAUUGAUCUAUGAUUAUGAUGACAAUUCCAUGGAUAUCCAUGUGAGGGUGGGCGAUUCUGAAAUCCUGUACGGUUUCGAAUACCAAGGAUCUGCUCAUCAUGCCCUUAUCACACCACUUACUGAAAGAGUCUUUGUCAAUGUCAUAGCUGCUUUCUCCACUGGAACCAACACAUUGUGCAUAGGCCCGCAGGGAUCUGGAAAAAAAGUGAUGGUACAAGAAUUAUGCCUUGCUCUUGGCAAGCCUCUUUUCUACUUUAACUGCACAAAAAACACAAAUUACAAUGUUCUGCAAGACAUCUGCAAAGGAUUGGCUGCUGCAGGAGCCUGGAUCAUGAUCAAUGGUCUGGAGCAGUUACCAGAAUCUAGCCUUACUCUUCUAGCGCAGUUACUUCAACAAAUUCAGACAGCAAAGCACUGUGGGAAAGAAACAGUCACUUUACAGUUGGAAGAAGUCCCUUUAAACACAGCAGGUGCUUGUAUUGCACCCAUUACAAGGGGAUUAAAUGGGACCACGCACUUGGACAACCUUCCCCAGUCAAGUAAGCUGCCCAGCUCCCUUUUGAACUGCUUUCGAAUCGUUGGAGUUGGUGGGGUUUCAACACGUUUUCUUCUGGAAGCCCAGCUACUAUUGAAAGGUUUUUCCCACGUGGCCCCUCUGGCACAGAAGCUCUCCGUCAUGUUUGAUUCAUUUGCAAAGUUAUAUAAACCGAAUCUUGCAGGAUCCAGGUCACUAGAAAACGGAGAAUGGGCUUGUUUAGCAAUCCCUGGAAUCUCUCAUCUGCUCAAUGAAGCAAGCACAGUCCUUAAGUCUCUGCAAAAAAGUCAUUUGGAGAAACAAGAAAGACCAUCACAAGAACUGUCCAGUAAUGAAGAUAAUAGUCAGCUUGCUAUGGAGGACAGAGCAGUGGUUACUGCCAUCCAUCAACACUGGCUACCACAGCUUUUACAAGAAGAGGCAGUCAUUUUAAGAUCACUGAUGGCAGCUGAAUGGCCUAAUAUAACUUAUACCUCAGAUGCUUUUACUAGAACAGGCAACGACAACAACAUUGAUGGUCUGAUCCCUGCAGUCAUUGCUGCAAAAUAUGGUUGUGGACAGCAGGCCCCCUCAUCUGAAUGUACAAAAGAAACCAGCAUCCCGAGUGCCAUAAUAAAAGCCAUAGAAAAAUGUCAUAUUUUUCCCAGCAACACAUUUGUAUCCAAAGUUUCCCAUCUGGUUCAGCUGGCACUAAAGUACCAAACAGUGGUGAUUACAGGCCCUCCAGGAUGCGGAAAGACUAAAUGUAUAAAAACAUAUUUGGAAACAUUGAGAGAAGAGAAGAAGAAGGUUAUCACUGACACUGUUUUCAUCAAUGCCCUCCAGCCAGGGCACCUGCUGGGGUUCAUGGAUGGAGCAUGGACUGACGGAUUGUUGCCAAAAUUGCUAAGAAAGUAUUGUGGCUUGCGCCCAGUUGACAGCAAUCAAGUGAAUAUCCUUCACCUGGAUGGUGAGAUUGAUGACGAUCAAAUGGUGAUUAUGCAGAGCUUGUUCUGUGGUGAAGAAUGUUUCAUUUUGGAAAAUAACGAACGCAUAAGGAUCUCUGAUUCUUUCCAACUACUCUGGGAGCUUGAAACAUUAGCCGAUGUGAGCCCUUCGGUUUUGUGUUGCAUGGGCAUCCUGGCUAUGCCAGAUACUGAUAAUGAAUGGAAGUUACCUAUCAGAAUAUGGAUCAAAACUCAAGCUGAAGAACGUCAGCAGCAGCUGCAGCAACUGGCUGACACAUUUCUAGAGCCCAGUUUGCAGUUCCUUCGAGACAGCCAGAUACUACACCAGCCAGGCAAUCCGAGCAACAGGACACUUAGAGCUAUUAUGAUUUCUGAAACGAAUGUGGCAGAGAUGUUCUGCAGAAUCUGCACGGCCUUGAUAGAUCAUGUUCCAGAGCUACUGCCUGAAGAUAUAAAGAAGUAUUUCAUAUUUUCUUCUAUAUGGUCUUUUGGAGGAUGGCUUGAUGCUCAUGAAAGGACUAUUUUCAGCAAGUGGUGGCGCAGACAUUUCAAAAACAAUAACACAUUUCCCAUGGAAGGACAGGUCUGGGACUAUCAUGUUGACACUGAUACAAGACAGUUUGUCAGAUGGCAUGACACACUUUCCUCCUAUUUUGUUAGUCAUGGUCAAAGCAUGGCCUCCGAGUCAUUUGUUCACACAGUACACAGUGAGCCAAUAUUGUACCUUUCAAGCCUCUUGAUAAUGACAGGAUGUCCAGUUCUGCUGGCAGGAGAAGCAGGUUGUGGUAAAUCUAUCCUCACCCAGGAGGUCCUACAUUCUUUGUGUUCAGGGGAGGUGGCCGAAAUGCUGGAUCUUCGUAUACCUAUUAACAAUUCUACAGAUCCCAGGAGAUUGUGGGGAUGUUUAAAAGACCGUCUGGAGUGGCAACAUGGCACAUUACACAGACCAGCAGGAAACAAGAAAUUGUUAUGUUUGCUAGAUGACCUCAACCUUGCUAAGGUGGACAAGAAUGGGAGACAACCUGCCUGUGAGUUUGUUCGUCAGCUGCUUGAUCAAGAAAAAAUAUUCGACCCUUCCUCUUUAAAGUGGAGAACUAUAAGUGAUAUAAUUUACCUAGCCACCUGGAAUACAACAACAGAAAGAUUCUCAAAGCAGAGACUACGCCUGCUCAGGCAUUUCUGUGUCUUAUACUGCCACUAUCCAAGUCAAGAUGAUCAAUUUUCCAUAUUCAGUACCAUUUUGAAAACUCACUUCCUACCUCCAGUCACAGAAUGCAAGGCUGGGGAUUUAGCCACUCCAUCUGCCCAUCACUUCCCAGGAUUGCUUUCAGCUUUUACUACGGUUACCAUAGAGCUACAGGAGAGGCUGAGAAAUGCGUUCCUGAGGACAUCUCAACGUUGUCACUACAUAUUCACACUUCGAGACCUUGCAAAAAUAUUCAGAAAUAUCUGCCUUUCUCUGGAUGGGACUAGCACGGCAGAGCAGCUCAUGCAUUUAUGGAAACAUGAAUGUGACUGGGAGUAUGGACAUCGGAUGUCUAGCUCUGUGGAUCGCAGCAGAUAUCAACAAGAGUUUACCGUCGCAUCAAAGAAAGUAUUUAAUGAGGAAGAGUUGCAGAUCCUCCUCAGCCCUCAUCAGCCCGUGUUUAGUAGCAUUAUGGAAGAUGAAGGUGGUUUAAUAACCACAGUAGCUAAGCAGCAGGACACAAAUGUGUUCAGAAGAAACGAGAAGGCAUGCAGCACCAUUCGCAUUUUAGAUGGCUACCAGCAAACAUUUAAUUUGACCCACACGGAGGAAUUAUUGGCAGAGGCACUGCAAGAAUACAACAAAGUCAACCCAAGAAUGAGCAUCACUUUUUAUAAGUGUACUGUCGAACUAUUAUCUCGCUUGACUCGAAACCUGGGAAGCCCUAAUGGUAGCGCGCAUACAAUGCUGUGUGGAGAAGGGUGUCUCCGUACCAGCAGCUCCGUAGCUCGACUUGCAGCGCAUCUUUCUGGUUUCACGGUGGUCCAGAUUGGAUCACAUAACAACGCGGACAAGAAAGACCAAGGAGCCAAAUUCUUAAAAUCGCAGCUGGUAGACUGUUAUGUGAAAGCUGGACUGAAGGGCCAGAAGACUUUGCUUUUGCUCUCAGAAGAGGAGAUCGAUUCCACAGCGUUGGCUUAUAUGACUGAGUUUGUUGUUUUUGGAUCAGUAGCUCACCUAUUCACAUCUGAGCAACAAGCCACCAUAGCAAAUGCUAUGAGAAACGAGGUGACCAAUGCCGGGCUCACAUACUCCAAAGAGAACGCCUGGAAGCUUUUCCUACAGACCGUGCAGCAAAACCUUCGCUGGCUUCUCAUUCACAGCAGCACAGGUCCUUCGUUUCACAAGUGGUGCCUGGAAUUUUCUUCACUUAUUAAUUCAAUAAAUGUUUACUUUUUGCCACAAUGGUCACGUGAAAAUCUAGUUGAACAUGCAAGCUAUCAUAUUGGAGAUCUAGAAAUGCUGACCAUGGAAGAAAGAGAAAAUGUUUGUCAUCUCCUGUCAUCCAUGCACAUAUCUAUUGUGACAAGUGAUAAAUCAACACAAGGGAAAUAUGGAAUCAUCACAAAUGCAACAUUUGAAAACUUUGUCCAGUGUUUUAAAUUCUUAAUGAAAGAGCAGUAUAAUGAUGUAAUCAAGAAACAUGAGAUGGCAAAGGAAGCACUUGGCCACAUUGCAGAAAAGCUGAGGUGUCAUGAAAAGCUGACAGAUGAUCUUUUGCAUCAGAAGACUGUCCUUGAAGAACACAAGGAAGGGACCGUGAAAAUCUUACAUCAGAUUGCCCAAGACAAAGCUGUAGUGGAACAAAAGAUCCAAAUUGUCCACCAGCAGUUACAGAAAAUUAAAAAAUUAAAAACUCUCCUACCUGAAUAUCAACUAGCACAUGAAAGAGCAAAGUAUAAGUGUUCUGCUAUCUUAGAAAAUAUCAAGGAGCUAGUACAUCGCAUUGAUGUAAGGGCUCUAGGAGAACUACGUUCAAUGCAAAAGCCUGAUGUGGAUAUUGAAGAACUUAUGGCAUCUGUCAUUAUUUUACUGAAAUCACCUAACACUGACCUCACCUGGGCAAAGGGAGCAAAGAGGCAGAUGGCAAAUAUUGACCGCUUCCUGAAUGAGCUAAUAACCUUCAGCAGUGCUAAGAUGCCUCAGUCCACCUUAGAACUUCUAGAAGCUAACAUGAAAAAAGCGCAGUUCACACCUGAGAACAUGGAGAGGAAGUCUGGUGGGAACGUGGCAGCAGGUAGCCUUAUGAGAUGGCUUCAAGGUGCAGUACAGUACUACAGGAUAUUGGCAUCCAAGGUAAAACCUUUACAAAGUAAAGUGGAAGAAAUGACUAUUGCUUUACAAGAAGCAGAACAGAAAAUGACAACUUUACAGCAGAGAAAGCACGCACUUAUUCUGAGGCUAAGUGACCUAGAGAGGGGAUUUGAAGAAGCCACCGUUCAUAAAAACAAGCAACAGCAAAGGACUAUUGAAAUCUCCCAGAAGCUGGAGCAAGCAGCAAAUGUAGCACAGCUUCUCGAAGAGGAGAAGAAGAAAUAUGCUUUGGUUGUGAGUUCCCUUCCAGAGAGACUCAGUGGUAUCCCUGGCAGCACAGCAAUGGCGGCAGGACUAGUAUCCUACUUGGGUGCUUAUGAGCACAACUUUAGACAAUUUAUGCUAACCAUGGAGUGGCCCAUGGCGUUGAAAGAAAAAGGACUCCCAUUAAUGAUCGAUUCGAUUGAUCCUGUCAAAGGACGCUUAGUUGAAUUUUCUGUUAUUUUCACCUCUGAGUCUCCUGUGGAAAAUCAAAGGAAUGAUUUGAACUGCAAAACAGAACAAGAAGCAAAAAGGAUUGAAGAUGGUGACAACUCGUAUCCUGACCAUAUUGAAACCAACCUAAAUAGGCUGUUGAUGCAUACAAAGUUCUCACCAAUAAUUACUGAGGAGUUAUAUGUAGACUACAUAAAGGCUCUGUUAAGAAGAAUUGUGAAAGAAUCUGAUAUCAAAAGAUGGGCAGCAAAAGACUGGACACCUCAGCAGAUGGAGAACGCAGCUAUACUUUUGUGUUCUUGGCAGCGCCCUGUGUUGCUGAUAGACUCGUGUUUUGAAGCAGAGAAAUGGGUUCUAGAAAUUCUGGAGACAUCUUUGGGGAAGUCUUUGUCUUGCAUAAACCUGCAGGCAAGGAAGGAUAGCAGCGUCUUGGCACCAAUUGAAAAAGCCAUUAUAUCUGGGACUCCAUUGAUUCUAAACAACUACAGCAGCAAAUGGGAUGACUUAUUGAUACCUCUCAUUGAUCACUGUAGCGCUACUGUGGAUAAAGACAAUCAUCAAGAUUCAUCUUCAAUUGUUUCGUUCAAUGGACAUAGGCUUUUGUGCUCAAAUCAGUUUCAACUCUUCUUGGCACCGGCUGAAUUAGAGCCCUGUUUUAAUAACGAUAUAAGUGCUGGAACAACUAUAAUUAAUUACGAUUCCUCUGAAGGAAGUCUAUUGGAAUUGUUACUAAGAAGAGCUUUUCAAAAACUCCAGCCAGAUCACCAUCGCCAAUUAAUGAAAAUAUCAAACUUUAUAAUGGAACAGCAGCAGACUCUUGAAGAAUUGGAUAUUAAAACAAGAGAAUGUAUUUCUUCAUCUGCUUUAAACAAUCUGGAUGAUACAGACAACCUAACUGCAAUCUUUGAAAAGAAGCGGACAGUGUUCAAAGUGCUUGAAGAGGCUAAAUCAGAUUUUGCCGGUCUGCUGGUAUUAAGAGACAAGCUUUAUCCUUUAGCCCACCAAGGAGCUCAGUUUUAUGUAAUCCUCAAGUCUCUUAGGUCUCUUGCUGCUGAAUAUUAUUUUUCUAUAGAUUUUUUCCUGAAACUGUUUGACUUUGCAAUUGGAAGAAUGAAUGAUUCACAUGAAGAUAAUAUACAGGUGGCAAAUCAGGAUUUAGUGAAUGAGUCUCUUGCUGCACCUUACCUUCAAGGAACGAACCCAGAGCUUCAUGUUCCAGUAGACCUUCAACAUCAAAAGCAAGAGGAAUCAGAAGAUACCGUACCUGAUACAGGACCUGAUAGAGUGGAGUCCUGCCGCACUGCUGGAGUUUACGGCUUCAGCCUAUCUUUCAAUCAGAUUAGGAAGCUGAUGGAUCAAUUAACUCAGGCAGUGUACCAAAGCCUGAUUCAAAGUUUACUGCCAGAACAUAGUACCCAGGCCUGUGCUCUUCUGUUCCUGUGCAAACAGCAGCUGGAAGAUGGAAAUGCCUUCACGGAAGAGGAGCUUGCAUUUUUUGUUCAAGGAAGCUGUACAUUUGAUAAAACAAAGUGUGAGAAACUUCAUUCUAACUUGAAUCCACCAUCAUGGCUGCCUUCAGAAAAAUGGGAAAAUGUAACGGUGUUAUCAACAAUUUCAGCACCCCUGGGAUCAUUAUAUGCACAGGUUUCAGAAAAUUCUUCAAUUUGGGAAAGCUGGUACAACUCAGACUGUUGGCAAGCUGAAAGUGCAGAUUGCACAAGUGGUAAAGAAACAGCUGUAGACACAGUUGUUCAACUUCCUGACUGUGGCAAUGCUGGAUCUCUGCUCAGUGACUUUCACCAACUGCUUGUUCUACAAGCUCUUCGGCCAGAACACACUCCUGAAGCUUUAGCUCGCUAUGUUGCCAAGUCAUCAAGCGAGCUUGCUUUUGAGGACUUCUUACCCGGUGUAGAGGAAAUUUCAAGACUGGAAGAAAAUAUGCUUGGUAUCCUGGUGUUACUGCCUUCUACAAAGAGCUGUAGUUUAUCGUAUAGUGGCGCGAUUAUGAGCCAUAAACCCAAAAUCGCCAUUUCCAAUGCAGCCAAGAAGAAAAACAUCCCCCUUUUUAUAGUAAGUAUGAGAAAUGACAACGAGGGGGAGGUGAAAUCAACAUUAACUGAUGCCAUGAGUCAAAAUGGAUGGCUUAUGAUCGAAAAUCUUCAUCUGGCAUCAAAGAACGAUUUCAAAAACCUUUAUAGGAGCCUAACUUAUGCCACGAAAAUGCAAGUUUCACAGAAGGAAGACAGACGGUUUUGCGUCUGGCUGAUGUAUGAGUGCGGUGCAUCCAUCCCUCAGACUCUCCUAGCACGACUUAAGAAAGUAUCCUGGCACAUCUUCUUGCUGAAUCAGAUAAGCAAUAAUAUAUGGCAGAGGGAUAUCGCUUUUAUUGAUUCUCUACCACGACUGCUAUCUUUAGCAAUUAUGUCAGCGCUAGAUCAUUUUGAAGAACUGAUGACUGAAAACAUGAAUGAAAGCCCUCCUUUGGGUUUGAAACUCUGUUUUGGAGUAUGCAUAAUACAUGGAAUUAUUCAAACACAGAAGCUGUACCCCAGGACAGGACUUAAUAACGUAAUGGACAUUGGCUCCGUACAGCUAAAUCAGGCCCUGACUGUAGUCUUAUCUGCCUGUAAAGAAAAUAAAAUGCCUGAUGAAGUGGCUGGAGCAGUGAAAGAUGGUGUGACUUCUAUAUAUGCCAAUCAUACCUGGAGACCAGAAGACACAGAUUACGUUGAAGCACUCGUGCAAGAAGUCGUGUCUAGUAUUCUUAACCAAGAGGACCUGAUUGUUAUUGACAACCUUACAAUCCCUAUACCCCCUGCGGAUGUGAAGCCUUCACAAUAUUCCAGCUGGCUGGCUGACCGCAUGCCAUCAAAUUGUUCGAUGAAAGAACAACUUUUACCAAGGAGUGCUGAUAAAUCUGUUAAGGAGAAAUUCUCUUUAGGAUUCAUGCAGAGCCUGGCCACAGUGUAUGAUGCCAUGAAGAUAUCAUUGCCUCUGUAUAAACCAGGAGAUAUGUGUUCCAGAAAAGACAUGGCUCUUCUGCAUACAUCUUUGGAAAGAAUCUCGGAACAGCUUCCUCCUUUAAUUCAGGUUGAUGAAUCAGAUCCACCUUCCAACAAUUUUCUGAAUAAUCGUGUUGCUGAAGGAGAACUACAAGUCAGUAAAUGCAUACUUUUACAGGAAUGCCGACAAAUGAACGCAUAUCUGAGACACAUCAAACUGAGUAUUUCAGAGUUAUCAAGCUGCCUGAUGACGGGUUUAAUUGCAACACAUACUCAAAACCAAAAGAUUGCAGAGGCUUUACUGAAAGGAGAAGUACCACAGCCAUGGUUUUAUUCACAUGGUGGCUAUUCGGAAUCUCAAACUAUCACCAGCUGGCUGCAAGAUCUGCACAAGAAGCACACACAGCUAAAGCAAUGGAUGAAGAAAGGAUUGAUGCCUUUUGCCAAGGGUGAAAAGGGGGCCCUGACCUCUGUAAGGCUCGGGGGACUAUUUGACCCAGAGGCAUUGAUCCUGGCUCUGAGAGUGGAGUUUGCAGCUCAUCACAGAUAUCCAUUACACGAGGUGGUACUCCAAUGUCGGAUAGCUGAAUACCCUGAUUACAAGCCUGACACGGAAGGAUAUCCCCUCUACAUUGAGAAUCCUGUCUUAUACGGUGCCACGUGGGAUUAUAAAAAUAACCAUUUAAUUGAGUCAAGGGAUGCCAGCCAGCUCUUACCAUUUGUCAUCAUAACUCCAGUUCAUGGAAAACAUAAAGAUCAUGGUCAAGAGAUAUAUGAAUGUCCUGUGUACAUGGACAGCACUAUGCAGAACUGUGUGAUGAGGCUCCCUCUUACAUGCACAAAACCUGUGAGACAAUGGAAUCUCCGAAGAGUAGCUAUUAUCCUAAAUCCAGGCAUUGAUACUACUGAAUCUAGGACUGCACCAUAUGUAAAUGUGCUGGCAAACGUUCCAGUGAUUAACACACGGACCAAAAUGUAUAAAUCAUCACACUCAAACAUUUUCAGCAGAGCAAGCAAGGGCAAAGCUCCUGUCAGUACACAAACACAACAACCAAAUACACCAGGCAGCAAUGAUGCAUUUGUAAUUAAUAAUACUGUGGUAUCAGACAAAGACCACUCCAAUGCACUUCUGGAAGAUGUUGCAAAUGUGAUGACUAGUGAAACUAAACUUUCUGUCAUGUCACCGUUAUUCACUAAUGAGACAUUGUCAGAUCAACAAGAUGAGGAAUCUUUCAGAGAGGAUACCCCUGCACACCAAAAAGUCACCAUAUCUGAUAAUGAGGCCGGGAAAUGGCAGAAAGGCAGAGAUAUAGAAAGAAAAGGAAUUGUGGUAUCUGAAGGAUGUGCAAACAAAGCAGAAGAAGCGAUCAUUGACAACGAUUCAAUGGUACAUACAAGAAUUUCUGCUUAUGAGCCGUCUUAUAAUGAGCAUGGUCAUGGACAUAACAAUGGCAACUUUGAUGAGGCUGAAAAUAAAAGCUACAAAGAAGCUUUUGAUAAAGAGAGAGGAGACAGCUUCCAAGAAAGUCUACCUAGUGGUGAUGAUUUUGAAACAAGUGAAAACCAAGCCAGCUAUAAUUAUGGAUCGAACAAUGAAGAUAAUAAGGAGCAUAUAUUUGAUUAUAACGUUGACAGCAGAUGGAAUGCCAAUGACAACACAGGUGCCUUGAAGGAUCACAGUAUAAAGAUCGAGGCUGAUGACAUCAGAGAAAAUAUACAAUAGGUACAGAUUAAUGGAAAGGCGAUACUCAUAGUGAAAAUGUCAACGUUACUAGGGCCAAAUAUAUUGGAUGCAGGACAGUGUGAAUUGUCAUGACUAUUAACGAUGAAACUUCAAUAAAACAGAUACAAAAUAAUCUAUUAUCUGAAUGAUUUAAAGUGUACAAGACAGGGAAGUCGUGGAGAAAAUGCAGUAAAGUUUAUAUAAAAGAAAAAAACUGUUAUGUACAAUAAAUAUGGUGGAUGAAUGUU